AGGGGAGGCCUGCAGCUGGGGGCCAUCGCCAUGGAGACCCAGGGGAGCUGCCUGUGCGGGGGGCGCCGGGCGCUGCUGCUGCUGCUGCUGCUGGGCCUGGCCAUGCCCCCGCCGGCCGCCCAGGCCGCCCAGGCCCUGAGCUACCAGCAGGCCGUGCGCCUGGCCGUGCUGGGCUUCAACCAGCGCUCCCGGGAGCCCAGCCUCUACCGCCUGGUGCGGCUGGACCCACCGCCGCCGCCCGGCGACCUGAGCCCAGAGGCCCGCAGGCCCGUGAGCUUCACCCUGCAGGAGACCGUGUGCCCCAGGACGACGCGGCGGCCGCCCGAGGAGUGUGACUUCAGGGAGGAGGGGCUGCUGAAGGAGUGCUCGGGCUCCGUCAUCCUGGACCCGGACAACGGCUACUUCGACGUCACCUGCGAGGAGAUCAAGAAGGUCAAUCUGGACAACCUCAUCCAGAAAGGCCGGGAGAAGCUGGGCAGGCUGCGCGAGCUCUUCAGGAAAGGCGGGCAGAAGGUGGGCAAGCUCCUCCAGAAAGGCGGGCAGAAGCUGGGCGAGAUCGGCCAGAGGAUCAGGGAUUUCUUCAGCAACCUGAGGCCCCGGGAGGAGGGCCCGCAGCCCCGGGGGGAGGGCCCGCAGCCCCCGGAGGGGGGCCCGCAGCUCCCGGAGGAGGACACUCAGCCUCAGGAGGAGUCCUGAGGGCCGUCGGCCCGG